AGCUCCGAAUUUCCGACCUGAAGGUCAGUGAUGUCAUGAUUUGACGAGUUCCCAGUUGUUUUGAACGCGGCAUUUUCUCACCAUGUGAUGACGUGUCAAGAAUGUGCCGGAAGCCUUCAGUUAGUCCAAAAUGGCUUACCAGACUUUUCAGCAGGAAUAUUUACAGAUUCCUGUUGUAACUCGGGCAUACACAACUGCCUGCGUCCUCACCACCGCUGCCGUGCAAUUAGAACUCAUCACACCUUUCCAACUAUACUUCAAUCCUGAUUUGAUACUAAGGAAUUAUCAGGUAUGGAGACUCAUAACCAACUUUCUAUUUUUUGGUCCAGUUGGCUUCAACUUCCUUUUCAAUAUGAUUUUUUUGUACCGAUACUGUCGUAUGCUGGAGGAGGGCUCUUUCAGGGGCCGCACCGCUGACUUUGUCUUUAUGUUCCUCUUCGGUGGCCUUCUGAUGACUAUAUUUGGCACCUUUGUGAGUCUGGUGUUCUUGGGCCAAGCCUUCACCAUCAUGCUGGUGUACGUGUGGAGCAGGCGUAACCCCAACGUUCGCAUGAACUUCUUUGGCCUGCUGAACUUUCAGGCACCCUUUCUCCCUUGGGUGCUCAUGGGAUUCUCUCUGCUGCUGGGCAACUCCAUCAUUGUGGAUUUACUAGGUAUCGCUGUGGGUCAUGUGUACUUCUUUCUGGAAGAUGUGUUCCCAAACCAGCCAGGUGGUGGCAGAUGGCUCAAGACUCCAUUUUUUCUUAAGAUGCUGUUUGACACUCCAGAGGAGGAUGCCAACUACAACCCUCUUCCCGAAGAGCGUCCGGGGGGGUUCGCCUGGGGAGAGGGACAGCGCCUCGGGGGUUAAUCUAGCCCCCCACCACAGGAUCACUUUAUAAUGGACUUUUCCUCAGUGAGAGACCGAGGGACAAACUUGGUCUUUUUUUCCGACUUGUUUCUCUAGUUCUGGAUGGAAAACGCCAAUCUCCAACCAGAGCUUUUCGGAGAUUGUUGUGUGACUUACAUCUCCCUCAAACUGUUCAAUAAGCCAGACUGUCACUUUAAGACCACAUGAGUGGACAUAACAGGAAGUGACUUUUGAUGGUUAACCUUUGGUUGUGUUGAGAUUUGGCUUUAUCUCUGUGGGGGAAAAAUGAGGCUCAACAAUAUUGUCAAAUGAUGGGAAACAGUGGAAAAAAAAUCUGAAUGAAUUCAGAUUGAGUGUUUUCUUUUACUUUUUAAAAAGAAUAAACGUGUGGCAUAUGUAGAUAA